GCACAGAGGUGUACAUCUCUCUUGCAGUUUGCUUCCAAGACAGACAAGCCCCUUGUUGAGAUUUAUGUGGCUGAUGAAUGGAGCAGGCCUGAGCAAGCAGUUGUCAGGUACAAGAUGGCUGCUGGUUUCCACCGGAGCUCGUGGGACUGGAUAGGACUCUACCGGGUGGGCUUUCGGCACCCUAAGGACUACGUGUCCUAUGUCUGGGCUAGGAGCGAUGAGGGUGAGCGCUGCCCAGAGAAGCAACCAUGUGCACAGGUGAUGUUCUCAGAGGAGGCGCUGCCCAAGGGGAAGGGCGAGUACAUCCUUGGAUACUACAGCAACACCUCCAGCAGCAUUGCUGGUGUGACUGAGCCCUUCCAGAUCUCCCUUCCCAGGUCAGAAGAGGGCAGCAGCCCCACAGACAGCUCAGGCAGCAGCUCGGAAGAGGAGGAUGACAGCACACUUGUCCUGCUGGCCCCCAAAUCUCGUAGCCCCAGCCCAGGCAAGAUGAAACGUCACCGGAGCCGAAGCCCCAGCCUAGCCAAGUUCCAGGGCCUCAUCCUGCGGCCAUCAAGCCGGGAUAGCAGCCCCUCACCCAAGAGCCGCUGUGGCCUCCCUGGGGACAUCCCCACCAUCCACCUGCCCCAGCAAGAGCUGGGGUGCCGUGGAGCAAAAGCCAAGGAGCCAGGGCAGACAGCCAGCAGCCAGGAGGCCAGCUCCUUCUACCAGACUGUACAGGAGCAGGGUGGCCCCUGGCGUGUCUCUGCUGACAACCCGUUGGCCAGGGCUGACCCCAGGAACCUGGGCUUGCUGCCUGCACUCCGCCUUGAGAUGAUCGACCAAGCUCUGGGAUGGCGGAGGGAGAGCACAGACCAGGGCUACCCCAGCCAGAUGAUGAGCCCCACCAGCCCUGCUGGCUGCAGCAUCUCCCCAAAGGAGGGGAGCAGCCCCCAUGAGCUGGACAGCCAUAGCUGUGCCGUGGGCCGCUGA